AUGAACUCGACUACCGCGGAGGACAUACCGAGCAACUAUGCUUUGACCGGUGAAAUGGAGCUAGAGCUUGGAUUGAAAUUCCUGAAUAAAGAAGCAGUUAUGCUUGCUGUUAAGAACUACAACAUCUGUAGAAGUGCAAAAUUUAAAGUAGUGGAGUUAGAUCAUACUCGUACAAUUUUUGAUCUUCAAACCCGACCAUACUACGUUGGCAACACGCUUGACCAUAAUAGUGUCAUGUUUCAUCAAGUAUUAUGGUCAUUCCCAUCGUGUGUCAAGGCAUUCAAGCACUGCAAGCCACUAGUCUCGGUUGACGGAACACACUUGUAUGAUAAGUACACGGGAACCUUGUUGAUGGGAAUAGCACAGGAUGGAAACAACAACAUACUUCCCAUAGCUUUCGCGCUUGUGGAAAGGGAGAACACAGAUGCGUGGUACUUCUUUCUGACCAACUUAAGGAGACAUGUGGCUACUCAACUGGGGAUUCUACUUAUCUUUGACAGAUGGGAACACAAUGUUUAUUGUGUCCGACACAUUGCGUCUAACUCUGCAGCAAACUUCAAGAGCAAGGAAGCCAAAAGGCACCUUGUUAACGCGGCAUACUCAAAGACGCAAGAGCAGGCACAACACUACCUUGAGUUAAUCAGCGUCGAGGAUCCCGCCACCUCCCCGGCAAUGAUGGCUUGGAUUAGAGGGUUAGAGCCACCAAAAUGGCUCCAACACCGCGAUGAGGGUCGCCGAUACAGUCACAUGACAAUGAAUCUUUCUGAGUGUAUCAACUCCAUGCUCAAGGGGACUCGUAAUCUUCCAGUUUGUGCAAUUAUUAAGUCCACCUACCACCGCCUAAAUGCAUUGUUUGUCAAUAAAGGUCAACAGGCAGAAGCACAGGUUGCAUGUGGCCAGAUAUUUUCACAAUUCUUGCAAAAGGCAAUACUUGCCAACAGGGAGGGAAUCACGCAGAUGCUUGUCACAUCAUACGACAGGGCGACGUCGAUAUUCACAGUCGAUGAGAUAACCGUUGUAGGGGCACAGUCCAGAUUCAGGUCUUAUGUCGACGAUGUGUAUCAGAUUGAAAAUGUGUUCCGAGUAUAUCAGAUGGAGUUUUCUCCAUUGCUCGACGAGGAGAGCUGGGAUCCGACCGUGUCAUCGACAGAAGCUGAUCUCCUCCCUCCAACAGGGGGUGACUCUCAGAAUCAUAGCGUCGAAGUGCAAGUUCUAGGUCGGUGGGUGUGUGUGGUGAUGCCUGAUGAGGAAUGA